UCACUGCCCUCGUCUUGUCCAGUCCAUAAGCACGCAUGUCGACUUACGACUUCGUAAUCAUUGGAGGCGGAACCGCCGGACUUGUGCUCGCCAAGCGCCUGAGCGAAGACGGCACGUUCUCCGUGCUCGUGCUGGAAGCAGGACACGCACCGACGCCCGAGCAGGCUCCGUUGGUGGACAUGACGGCGAUGGCCUUCAAACUGAUGGAAACAAACACCCUCAUGCGCUCGUACCCCACUCCUCCCCAAGCCGUUCUCGGCGGAAACACCUUCGACAUCCAGGCCGGCUGGGGCCUCGGAGGCUCGAGCAACGUCAACUUCGCGAUGUGGAUGCGUGGCGCCAAGGUCGACUACGAUCGCAUCGCGGACAUCACGGGGGACGCGUCGUGGACGUUCGACGCGCUCAUGCCGUACUUUCGCAAGUCGGAGACGUAUCACUUUCCGUCGAGCCGGGAACGUACGGUCCAGGCAGAGCUGCAUGGAGAAGGCGGCCCCAUUCAUCUGCAUUGCGCACCAGCGACGUCUAGGUGGUCUGAUGACAGUCUUCGGGCGUACCAGGAGAGUGGUCUACCGUUCAACGAAGAUACGAACGGAGGGCAGACGCUGGGUAUUGGACCUGUCGCAGCAAACAACUACUUUCCAGCCGGGGGUCGAUCAAGUUCGCGAAAGUAUGUCGAGACGCCGAGGCAUGCGAACCUCGCUAUCAAGGAAGGCGCACAAGUAGCGAGAGUGGUGUUCGAGGGAAAGAAGGCUAUUGGCGUCGAGACUGUCUCCGGGGAGGUUUUUCGCGCUGCGAAGGAGGUCAUUCUCUCUGCGGGGACUUUCCAAUCCCCUGCAAUCCUACAACGGUCCGGCGUAGGCCCUGCCAGCCUCUUGAACAGCCUGGGCAUUCCCCUCGUACACGAUCUACCAGGCGUCGGUGAGAACAUGUGGGAUCACUUCCUGACUGUCCUGCGAUGGCGCCUCAAGGACGAGUAUCGCGGCGGCACAUUUGACGACCUCGCCAAUCCCGAGCUUCUCCAAGCCGCACUUGGGAGAUAUCAGCAAGACGGCAGCGGGCUUCUUGGCGGUACAGUCUCGGAGUGGGGCAUCUGGCGGAACUUCAGUCAAGAGAUCGAAGCCGCCGUGAAGGCCGACGACUCCCUGACCUCGAAAUCCCGCGCGCACCUGCUCGCCAGCACCACGCCACACGCACAGCUCUUCCACUUCCACGGAUACCUCCUCGACCCGCACCCGUCGGCCUCCCACGCGCACUUCUCCGUUUUCCCUGUCGUCGUCUCUCCGACCUCGCGGGGUACCAUCCGGAUCACUUCGAGCGAUCCCACGCAGGACCCUGUCGUUGAUCCAAGGUGGCUCAGCACGGCCACGGAUAGAGCGGUGCUCGAGGCCGGGAUCAGGUUCGCGAACGAGGUCGCGUCGGGCGAGGUGUGGAGGGAUAAGGUGGAGAGGGAGGUGGCGCCGACGGAGGACGCCGUCGGGUUCGAUGACACGAACAUCGAGGCAAAAAUCAGAGGCGGAAGGACGAUGUAUCACUUUUCCGGAACGUGCGCGAUGGCAUCGCCAGAUAGCGAGGAGGUUCUGCCGGUCACGAACUCCGCGUGCGAGGUGUACGGCGUAGAGUGCCUGCGGGUUGUCGAUGCGAGCGUGUUGCCUGCACCGAUCUCAGCGCCCACGCAGGCUGUUACGUACGCGAUCGCCGAGAAGAUCGCUGAUGUUAUCAAGCAUAAGUAUGCAAAUUGA